AAAAAAAAAAGUUUUGGUGUUGUCAUAAUACACUGAGCUGCACAUAAGCCGUUUGCGCCGAAUUUCCACACACCCAACCUUCCCUUUACCCUUCAGAUUCUUCUUUGGUGUCGUCUUGGCCUUGAGAAGAGUCACGAGCCUGCCCAUCUACAACCAAAGAGUUCCCUACUCAGACGCCGCUGUUGGCUUGCGCCAGGGAACAUAUUGCGCGCGGUCGCUCUGUGCCACCCGCUGGCUCUUCUUUCUACGCAGAAUCGUCCCGGAAUAAACAUGAACAAGCGACAUCGAGAUUCCAAUCUGUCACUGCAAGAGCCAGAAUUCCUCAAGGGCGGUGACAGGCCCGUGCGAGAAGACGGCGAGGUGCUCGAUUUCGAGGACGAGUACGAGGACGAAUUCGAGUCGGAAGAUGAGAUCUUCGAGGCUGGUGUCGAUGGACGGCCCGACGCCGAGCGCGAAGCUGAGGAAGCAGAAGCAAUGGACGUAGAUCCGGGCACCUUCAUACCCGGCAGAACCAAGCUUGGUGCAGGCGAGACAUUGGAGCCCAAUCUAAGCGUGUACGAGCUACUGCACCGCUUCUCGAGCAAAUGGUCUUGCCUGUCCUUGGACAUAAUCAAGGACUAUCUCGGCGACAACCGCUCCACAUACCCCGCCACGGCGUACGCUGUUGCAGGCAGUCAAGCAGGUCAAGGACACGAGAGAGAGAAUGAACUGUCCGUGUUCAAGCUGAGCAGUCUGAGCAAGGUGCAGAAGGAAGAGGAGGGCUCGGACUCCGACGACGAUGACAGCGACGACGAGGAGAGCGAGCCUGUCCUGGAGAGCAAGUCCAUACCGCUGACGUCGUGUACGAACCGGAUCCGAGCGUUCCAGCGCCCGCGAGAAGGAAACACGAGCGGAUUCUCGCAAACUUUCACGGCAAGCAUGAUGGAGUCGGGCCAGGUCCUCAUCUACGACGUGACCCCACAUUUGAACGCGUUCGACAACCCCGGCAGCGCCAUCACGGCAGCGCAGAACCAGCCCGUCUCCGUCAUCACCGCCCACAAAUCGACAGAAGGCUACGCCAUAGACUGGUCGCCCCUCGACAACGACGGCAGGCUUCUCACCGGUGACACCAAGGGUCGCAUCUUCCUCUCCGUCGCGCAACCAGGCGGCAAGUGGGGCAUCGACCGCAAAGAAGCCUUCACCGGUCACAACGGCAGCGUGGAGGAGCUUCAGUGGUCCCCCACCGAAGCCUCCGUGUUCGCCUCCGCCAGCAGCGACGGCACCGUGAAGAUCUGGGACACCCGCAGCAAGUCCCGCAAGGCCAAAGUCAGCGUCAAGGUGUCCGAAUACGACGUGAACGUCUUGUCCUGGUCGCGUCAGACCUCGCACCUCUUAGCAUCCGGUCAUGACGACGGCAGCUGGGCGGUCUGGGAUCUGCGGCAGUGGCGCCCCUCGUCCACAACCGCCCAGAAGCCCGAACCCGUGGCCGACUUCCACUUCAACAAGGAGCAGAUCACUUGUUUGGAGUGGCAUCCCACCGACGAUAGCAUCAUCAUGGCCUGCGCUGGCGACAACACGGUCACGCUGUGGGAUCUAGCCGUAGAACUGGACGACGAAGAGAGCAAGGAGACCGGUGGUGUCAAGGAGUAUCCACCGCAGUUGCUUUUCUUGCAUUAUCAGGAGGGCGUUAAGGAGGGCCACUGGCACCCUCAGAUCCCAGGCGCCGUUUUCAGCACCGGCUUAGGUUUCGACUUCUUCAAGACAAUCAGCGUAUAGUGGGGCGGUGUUAUUGCUAAAUCGCACCACCCUGAGAUGAAACGUAGAUUUCCGCUAGAGAAAAGAAAAAACAUAGCGCGUUGGAGCUCAA